AUGAUAUCUGCCUUCUUCGCAAAGCGCGACACCACGAUGCCUCCCAGCAUCCGCGACGAUCAUUCAGAGGUCUACAGCGGUGGCUCGACCUUGAAGAUGGAGCACGACAGCCGCGCUGAAGCUGAGGCUCGUCGCGCCCCUAUCCGAUCGCGUGCCUGGGCCUUCAUCAGCGUCAUCUUCCUGCUCGCGAUUGCCGGUCUUGCCGUCACCCUCAGUGUCUGCUUCCUCAACCAUAUGGGCACCAUCAACAACUUGUCUGCCUGGAUUGAGGAGGGCAAAAUCUCUACUGCUCACACCACUGCUCAGGAUGCCUUCGGCAAGCGACAGGAGUACUCCUACGGCCAGCACCCCACUGUCAACCUCUCGACCUCUACUGUCUCUUCCACUGAGUCAUACCCUAUUGCCACCUCGUUCGCCAACGUCACUACCAAGGUGACCGUCACCGAGUCUGCCUCUGGAAGUUUCUCUGAGACCGCUCCUGGUGUUCCUUUCACUACCUCGGCCACUGUUACCGGUGAGCGAUCCACUCUUACCGAGACGGUCGUCACUCAGAACAACCUGACUGCCUCUGUCCCCCCCAGCAUUGUGACUUUGCCUCCCUACACGGUCACUGCCACUGUCGGAACGAACCAGACAUUCACGCAGGGCGUUUCUUCGACCUCUAUCGUGUCUCCUGCUACGGAUACUGUGACUGUGACCAACGUCAACUCUCUGACUGAGACGGGCAUUGCCAGCUCAACCGUCUCGGAGUCGAUUACUCACCUCACUCAGAUCAGCUCCGUUCCUACCACUGUCUCGGUCACUUCCAACAAUACGACAAUCUCUGCCACAGACGACUCGGUUAUCACCAGUACCAUCUCGGCGACUGUUGUCCCUGUCCCUGCCUCUAACACUUCGACUAUUGCUGCGGUGACUGGUGGCCCCCCUGCUUGGACUUCGAACUCGUCUGGCUGGAACACGACCGUCUCGUCGUCGUUUGUCGUCCCCACUGCUGGCACCAUCAGCAUCACUGUCACGGAUUCUGCUUCCAGCACCCAGUCAACCAGCUGUACCGAGUCGGUUGGAUCCACCGCUUCUAGCAAUGAUACCAUCACUGCCAGCGUGCCUCCCCCGAACAGCGCCUCAUUGUCGACUGAGACACACCUUCAUACCCUGACCUUGACCACCGUUAUCGAUGGAAGUACCACCUCAUCUCUCAGCUCGACCUCCUGCACUGGAAGCGAUUCAUCCAUGAUGAAGAGCUCUACAUCGUCUUACUCGGAGAUAAUCACUGGCACUGAGACUACGACAAUCUUCCACAGCACUUCCACCACUGUCAUCACCUUGACGAACACUGUCCAUCUCAGCAUGCAAGAUGUUUCCACCAGUGCAGUCGAGACGAUAACUGUCACGCCGUCUACCACCAUUACCCAGACAGCCGUAACAACUCUGUCGCCGACUUCCACUGCCUCUGUUUGCGCUCCGGCUCCCACAGUCACAAUCACGGCUACUGUCGUCCAGACUGUCACUGCCUCUCAGGACUCCGUUGGUAGAUCUGCCAAGGGUAUGCCCAGUGUCAUGCAGAUCAGCAGCUCUGUGUCUUCGUCAGCCUCCGGAAUCCCCAUCAUUUCCAUCUCGCCGAACACUACAGUCUUUCUCUCAGGUCUGACCAGUCACAACGACCUGCAGUCCACCAGCAAGCCCUGCAACGGCACCUCGACUACCACAGUUGUCGGCUCUGGUAUCACCACCUCGUCGAACGACGCCACCACCGCAUCCGCCAAGGGUGGCUUGAUGUCGCACAGCAUCUCGGACCUGACUACUACACCCGCCUCGACCACUCUUGUUCCCACUGGCAGCGCCGUCAACUCGACUGUCACUGGUAACAUGACCACCAUGCGCGGCACCGGCACGGUUGGCACUGUCUACAGCACCUUCACCGUCCCGGCUGCGAGCACAGGCAGUCCCAUCGCUGCGAUGUCAGCUGGCAACAAGCGUGCCGAGCCCAAGCUUGGUGGUGGUUCAGGCAGCUGCAUUGUCAUGCUGGUUGCGAUCAUCUCACUUCUUCUCAUCUGA